AUGGCAACCACCAGAACCUCCAGCAGCUCUGAGAGUACUAGCACUUCGCCAACCUCUAGUAUCUCAUCGUCUACUAGUACCUCAUCAACUACCUCAUCUUCACCCACUGGAAUCCCAUGCGCCGGGAACACUCCAGACACCAGGUCCAGCUGGUGCGACUACAAUAUAGACACCAACUACCACGACAUCACCCCCAACACCGGUGUCACGCGAGAAUACUGGCUCGAGAUUGACGAGAUCACAGCAAACAUAGAUGGUUAUUCCCGUCCUGCAAUGGCCAUCAACGGGACCAUCCCCGGUCCAACCCUCUACGCAGACUGGGGCGACGAGGUGGUCAUCCAUGUCCGCAAUCUCCUCCACGAGACGCUCAAUGGAAGCAGCAUCCACUGGCACGGUAUCCGUCAGCAGAACACCAACCAGAAUGACGGAGUGGUUUCGAUAACUCAGUGCCCUAUUACUCCGAACCACGAGUAUACGUACCGCUGGCGCGCACAGCAAUACGGUACGUCGUGGUACCACUCCCACAUGGCUCUGCAAGCCUGGGACGGUGUAGCCGGGGGCCUUGUCAUUAACGGACCUGCGACUGCGAACUAUGAUGUUGACGCAGGCACUAUCAUGCUGAAUGACUGGUCUCAUCAAACAGCCGCUGAGCUGUUCCAGUACGCUCAGGUUGUUGGUCCUCCUACCUUGAAUAACUCUUUGAUCAACGGGACCAACACCUACGGGUCUGGAGACGACGAGACCGGUGAACGCUUCAAGUUGAAGGUCGAAGAGGGCACUUCGUACCGUCUUCGAAUAAUCAAUGCGGCUCUGGAUACGCACUAUAAGUUCAUGAUCGAUAACCAUAUCCUAACGGUGAUUUCCAUGGAUCUCGUCCCGGUUAAGCCUUUCAACACCACGUUUAUUGAUAUUGCCAUGGGCCAACGCUACGACGUAAUCGUCACAGCAAACCAAGCCGCCGUUGCAGACUCCUUCUGGCUCCGAUCACUCCCACAAGGAGCCUGCUCAUCCAUCGAAGACGCCACCAACAUCCGCGGUAUCUUCUACUACGGCGAUAACCCAAGCACCCCAGAGACAAGCCGCUGGCACUCCGAGGACAACUGCAACGACGAGCCCAUGGAAAACCUCGUCCCGCACGUCCCACGCACCGUCCAGGCCCCAGACUGGCAGGAAAAUACGGAGGCUACAUCUGACCGCAACGCCGACGGUCUGUUCCGGUGGUUCCUCAACAGCACCACCAUGGAAGUCUUCUGGGAAGACCCCACGUUGAAGCAGAUCGCAGACGGGAAAAGUAAAAAGGAACUGAUGAUGUGGGAUAACUCGAGUGCGGUGAUUGACCUGCCCAAUGCGGACCAGUGGGUUUAUCUCGUCGUGAGCACGGCGGCGCCGGUUUUCCAUCCGAUUCAUCUGCACGGGCAUGACUUUUUCAUUCUCGCGCAGGGCUUGAAUCCCUGGGAUGGCACUGUUAACACGGAUAACCCGCCGAGACGCGAUACAGCGGUGCUGCCGGGGAAUGGGUAUCUGGUUAUGGCGUGGGAGACGGAUAACCCGGGGGCGUGGCUGAUGCAUUGCCAUAUUGGGUGGCAUACGACUGAGGGGUUUGCGUUGCAGUUUGUGGAGAGGUACGAUGAGAUUAAGGGGAUUAUUGACCAGCAUCAGUUGGAGGAGACGUGUAAUCUGUGGAAUGGAUAUGACGAGGAGUACGAUAUUGAACAGCAUGAUUCGGGAGUUUAA